UGUUAAUUAAACAAUGUGAAAUAUACUUAGUUUUUCCACAUGAUUAUUGUUCAAUGUAAAAAGGCAUAUUUGCAAGGCUUUCAGCCGAUUAUAAAAUUUUGACAUGACGCUUGAAGAUCCCUUUUUUGUUGUUAAAGAUGAGGUAUUUAAAGCUCUAAAUCAAGCACGUGGACUAUAUUUACGUUGGAUUGAAUUGCAAGAUGGCGAAGUAUUAACCGUUUCAAAAGAUGAAGUUGAGUGGACGAAUACUGAGUUGAAAAACGCUGUACGAAGUAUUGAAUGGGAUUUAGAAGAUCUUGAAGACACAAUUGGAAUCGUAGAAAAAAAUCCAACAAAAUUCAAAAUAGACAAUAAAGAAUUAACAUCAAGGCGAACAUUUAUUGAUAACACACGUAACGAAGUAAAGAAUAUGAAAGAUAGGAUGAAUAUCAACAGGAAUCGUGAUCGUGAUCGUACUGCUAGACAGCCGUUACUAGACAGUCCGGCCAGAGUUCCUAUAAGUCAUGGAACAACAAAAUAUUCAAAAUUAGAAAAUGAAUUGGACAGUCCACAAAGACAGUUUUUGGGGGAAACAUUAUCUCAACAACAGCAUAUGACACGUAUGCAAGAUGAACAGCUCGAAGUUAUUAGUGAAAGUUUAGGUUCUUUGAAAACUGUUUCCCGGCAAAUUGGAAUUGAGAUUGAUGAACAAGCUGGAAUGUUGGAUGAAUUUGGCCAUGAAAUGGAGAAUACAGAAUCUAAAAUGGAUACUGCAAUGAAAAAAGUGGCAAAAGUUUUACAUAUGUCUAAUGAUCGUCGUCAGUGGAUAGCUAUUGCAGUUUUAUCAAUAAUUUUAAUUAUCGUGAUAAUUUUAUUUAUUAUAAUGUGAUUUAGUUAAUUUUUAAAUUGUGUAUAUUUGUUUAUUUCAUUAAAUAGUUUAUAUAAAUAAUGAUCUAAAUUCUACACAUAGAAAAAAAUAGUAGACAUUACACAUAAACUAUUAUUUAAGAAAAAUUAUAAUCUUAAUCGUGUAUCAAUAGGUAAUUCAAAACUGCAAACAUUUUCGAAAAACUGUUUGCAUAAAUUAUGUCAUCUGAUUUCAU